GCCACAAAAUCCAACCCGCCGCAGAGCUCGCUCGCUCCCUCGUUCUCUAUAUCCCCUCCGCCCACCUGAACCCGCACCGCUCCCUCGACGCCGCCACGGUCUAUUACCUCUCUUACGCCGCCGCUCUGGGUGGGUGCUUCCCUCCCCCCAGAUAAUGGCGUGCGCGCUUUCCACUCCAAUCCUUCGCCUCGAGGCGACUUCUUCUCGGAGGGCAUCGUGCGGCACGAGGCUGGAAAUCUGUCGAGGUUUAGACUUCUUAGGAGCGAGAAGGAAAUACCCCUGUCAAAUUCUAUCCUACAAAAAUCCAUCUUAUGUGGUUCGGGCCAUGGUGUUGCCCGCUUCACGCCCAAUUCUAGAUAAUGAGGAGGAAAGAAAGCAGAUGUCUGAAAGAUAUGGCUUUACACAAAUUGGGGAACCACUUCCAGAUAACAUUAUGCUGAAAGAUAUCAUGGAUACACUGCCUAAAAUGCUAUUUGAAAUCGAUGACAUGAAAGCAUGGAGGUCAAUUUUGAUAUCGGUGACUUCCUAUGCAUUGGGGAUUUUGAUGAUUGCAAAAGCCCCAUGGUAUUUACUUCCUCUAGCUUGGGCUUGGACUGGCACGGCAGUGACAGGGUUUUUUGUGAUAGGCCAUGACUGCGCUCACAAGUCAUUUUCAAGGAAUAAAUUGGUUGAAGACAUCGUGGGAACCCUAGCAUUUUUACCCCUAGUAUACCCAUUUGAGCCUUGGCGGUUUAAGCAUGAUAGGCAUCAUGCUAAAACAAACAUGUUGUCAGAAGAUACUGCUUGGCACCCUGUAUGGCCAGAGGAGUUCAACUCCUCCCCUCUUCUGAGGAAGGCAAUAAUAUUUGGUUAUGGACCAUUCAGGCCUUGGAUGUCAAUAGCUCAUUGGUUGAUUUGGCACUUCGAUUUGAAAAAGUUCAGACCUUCUGAAGUUGGAAGGGUGAAGAUCAGUUUAGCAUGUGUAUUUGCGUUUAUGGCUAUUGGAUGGCCAUUGAUUGUCUAUAAGGCAGGGAUCAUAGGAUGGAUCAAGUUUUGGCUCAUGCCGUGGCUGGGAUAUCACUUUUGGAUGAGCACCUUUACAAUGGUCCAUCAUACUGCUCCUCAUAUACCAUUCAAAACAUCAGAAGAGUGGAAUGCUGCUCAGGCACAACUUAACGGCACAGUUCACUGUAACUAUCCUCGUUGGAUUGAGAUCCUAUGUCAUGAUAUCAAUGUGCAUAUUCCGCAUCAUAUUUCUUCUAGGAUACCAAGUUACAACCUCCGGGCAGCUCAUAAGUCACUCCAAGAAAAUUGGGGAAAGUAUCUCACUGAAGCCAACUGGAAUUGGCGUCUGAUGAAGACAAUAAUGACUACGUGCCAUGUAUAUGACAAGGAGCGAUAUUAUGUGCCAUUCGAUGACAUUGCUCCUGAAAAUGAGUCGUACCCAAUCAAAUUCCUCCAAAAAGCCAUGCCUGACUAUGCAUGAUACUUAGAUGCUGCUUUUGGAUCCUCUCAUCUCUUUGUCAUCCAAGCAGCAGCAAGAUGCAAGACACGAUUGUUUGGUAUGCUCAAAUUUAUUACAUUUUUCUACGGAAGAUAUACUUGUGAAAUUUUGACUUCAAAUUAGUUGUUCAAACUUACUUGUCUCGGUUCUCUGCAGUAUAUACAGCUCUUUACAUAAGAUUUUGUUAUGGAUGGUUGCCAUCAGAAUGACAUUCAUUGAAAUUGGUUAUUUGCUUGUUAA